AUGGCUAAUCGCCGGUUAGUAACUGUUGUUGGAGCAACUGGCGCUCAAGGAGGUGCCGUUAUUCGUGGUUUAACACGUGACGUAAACAGUGAAAAAGCUCAAGCAUUAAAACGUUUGGGUGACUAUAUUGAGAUGGUCACAUGUGAUAUUAAUAAGAGCGAUGACGUGAAAUGUGCAUUCAAAGAUUCAUGGGCUAUUUAUGCUCUAACAGAUUCUUGGGCACAACCUGAUCAGCCUGAUUUUGAAAUAAGACAAGGAAUGCUAAUGGCUGAUGUUGCUGCCUCUCUUCUAACCCCAUAG